AUGAUUUCCUCUUAUUUAUCUGCCUGUGCAGCUGCUCUGGGUGCUCCCUGCAAGCAAACACAGCAGCCAGGAAGCAGCAGUGCUCCAUACAAAUUCUCAGGUGAAGAAUUAAUUUUGAAAAUAACAUGUCUUCUUUCAGUUGUGCUGAUUGGAGACUCUGGCGUUGGCAAGAGUAAUCUUCUGUCACGCUUCACACGCAAUGAGUUCAAUCUGGAAAGCAAGAGCACCAUUGGGGUGGAGUUUGCCACCAGGAGCAUCCAGGUGGAUGGGAAGACGAUAAAAGCGCAGAUCUGGGAUACUGCAGGACAGGAGCGAUACCGGGCCAUUACCUCAGCGUAUUACCGUGGGGCUGUGGGGGCCCUCCUCGUCUAUGACAUUGCCAAGCACCUCACCUACGAGAACGUGGAGCGUUGGCUAAAGGAGCUCAGAGACCACGCAGACAACAACAUUGUCAUCAUGCUGGUGGGCAAUAAGAGUGACCUUCGCCAUCUGAGAGCUGUCCCCACUGACGAGGCCCGGGCUUUUGCAGAAAAAAAUAACUUAUCUUUUAUUGAAACUUCUGCUCUGGAUUCAACAAAUGUAGAAGAAGCCUUUAAGAACAUCCUUACAGAAAUCUACCGCAUUGUUUCGCAGAAGCAGAUUGCGGAUCGAUCUGCACACGAUGAGUCUCCUGGCAACAACGUUGUCGACAUCAGCGUCCCACCAACCACCGACGGACAGAAAUCCAACAAACUCCAGUGCUGUCAGAACCUGUGACCUUCUGUAGAUGACUUUUGUGCCCCUCACUUCGUCUGUGCUUCAUUUAGAAACUUGUGUGCACUUCUUUAUCUCCUGUGAUUCAGUGACUCCCUCUUCCCUCCUUUCCCCCCAUCCCCAAACCCCUCCUUUCAUCUUAGAGCUUUAAUUUUAGGGCUAACAUUCCCCUGUUUCUGAAAUCCCCUUGAAUGUGAUGACUUUUGGGCUUGAAAUCUAGGCACUGAUCUGAUAGACAUGUUUGUGUUGGAACAUCUGCUGCUGGAUAUUAUCCCAUGAAGUACUCUCCUCAAAUGUGUUAUUUUUUUUCUUUUUUUUUCUGGGAGAGAAACCAUGGGGACUUGAUUAUAACAGUUGAAGAAAAAACAUUAGGUCACAAUUUUUUUUUCCUCUCCUAGUCACAUUUUCUCUCAUGUUUCUAAGCAUGGGGGAGAAAUCAAAAAGAAAAUAGCUGUCCUACCAAAUGCUCUGUUCUCUGUCCUGAUAAGUCUCACAGUGAGGUUUUUAGUGGUUGCACACACAUAAAGCUGUUGAAAAUAACAUUACUUAUUACGUAAUUAUCCUUAAUACAGUUAGUCUGGCUGUGUAGUUUACUGUUUCCUGCUUGGGAAAUAUUUCUCUAUUCUUGUUUUAUUUGGGAACAAUGAAGUAUGUCUGCAUUGCUUUCUCUGCCACUGCAAUCGCCUGCGCUGCUUGUGCAGGCUCUGCGGAGUGGCUUAAUAUUUAUUCACUGCUUUUGUUAAUCGGUUAACAUUAUUGUACAGUAAGUGCCAGCAUUUUGAUUUCAAAAACCUUCUGCAACCUGUACAAGUAGGCUCAUUUUGUACUGUAGAUCAGUGUCUGAAAGCAGGAUCUUCUCUAGGUCCAGAGGUUUUUUGCAUGCUUUUUCUCUAGCGCUCUCCUCCCCCUGUUUGAGUGAAGCAAUAUUUUCAUGUCAUGUAUAUACCUGCACUUGUAAGGGUUCUGGUUGUUGUAGGGA